AUGGAUCACCUCCCUACAACCACGAACUGGGAAAACAUCCCCCUUGAUUGCCUCUGCAUCAUCUUCUCCAAACUCAGCCUCGACGACCUCACGGCGUCUAUCCCCUUCGUUUCCAAAUCAUGGUACCAUGCUUCUACCCACCCAAUCCUUUAUCAAACUCUAGACUUCAAUCUCAUAGACCUCAACCCAUCUUCUUCGUUCUCCAAGAUCUUCUCUUCCCAAUUCUCCCUUCCUCACUUCACCUCAACAGGCUUCCUCAAGCUAGCCAUGGCGAGAAGCCAAGGAGCGGCCUUCGAGAUCCGCUUCUCCUCCCUCUUCCCCCCUUCAAUGGAGGUUCUAUCUCUCGUUUCAAUCACUUGCCCGAGGUUGAAAACCUUGUGCUUGCCGCACAUCAAUUUUGAUGAUGAAGUUCAUUUUUUGAAUAUGAUAAACAGGUGGAGGGAUCUCGAAUGGCUUGAAAUGGAAUCAAAGCCAUCAAAUUUGGGAGAACUUACGAAGCGGAUUGGAUUCCAUUGUAACAGGUUUUAUGGGCUUAAGAUUCGCGGCUCGAUUGAGAUGAAUGAUGUAUCUGGAAUCGUGAACUUUCUUCCAAAGAUUGGAUUUUUGGAUUUGAGCGGAUCUAAGGUAGGGAAGGAGGAGGUGUUGGCUAUUGUUGAUGGUUGCAGGGAGCUGAAGGGAUUGAAUUUGAAGGGAUGCGUUGGUUUUGAGGUUGAUAGUGAAUUGAAGAAGAGAGCUGAGGGUAUUGAGGUUUUUGAGUUUGAGGGAUGCAGCGUUGAAGAUGAGUUCAGAAAUUUCAGAAUUCAGAAUGAAGAUUUGGAGUUCAUGUUCGCGUAUUAUGAUGAUUGUUUUGAGUUGGGGAUGUUUUGA